AUGUGUGCUUCCAAAAAUGGAUCGUACUCCAACGUAUAUGACUUCUGGAUUGGGUGUUUCUUUGUAAACGUGGGCUUUGGAAACUAUCAAGCAUAUUGGAUCACAGAUGAAUACAGCUUUCCGGUCAACUGGACAAGAUGGGCGCUUUUUGAGCCGGACUUUAUGGGCUCACAGACCUGCACAAGAAUCAACUCCGAUUUCAAUUUCCGGACUCAAGAUUGUUCCGAUUCGUUUGGAAUAUUAUGCGAAAAGCACGACACAUGUGAGGGCUUGGCGAACGGCUCUUCGUUCACGGUCACGUUUUCGAACGGGCAGAAAUUGGGCUCUAUUGCUUAUUACACCUGUCGGCCGGGGUACCAUUCUACUGGAGAAUAUACGCGAACUUGUACGAUGAUCGGCGAAGUCGCGGAAUGGUCUGGAAUGGAACUCAACUGCACUUUAGAAUCAUGUCCUAUUUUGCAAAAUGGAUCCACGUUCUCCAUCAGUUUGUCAAAUGACCACGCAAUUGGUUCGGUUGCUACGUAUAUAUGCUUGCCUGGUUACAGCUCGAGCACUGAAAGCUUGACAAGAACGUGUUUACAUAAUGGCAUGAAUGUAAUAUGGUCUGGAAAUGAACCUUCCUGCAUGCCGUCAACUGUGCCAAGUUCAGCUACAACAACAGAAUCCCUUUCUCCAACAACGACACUUACAGAAGUACUAAGUACAACACCUGAUACAGAAACAAUUACUCCUACUAUUGCAAGUACGCACGAUUCUAGCGCUACAACUUCAGAUGUAAACGACCCCAUCAUUACUUCUUCUGUUCCUGGUGCAAGCGGAGCCCGUCCCAUCUUUCUGAUGCCUUGCUAUUGUUACCCGGACAAGGCGUUUGCCGGUAUGACAGAACAGACAAUCAUCGCCCUGCUUGUGAGGGAUACAGCCAUCCGAACAAAUGAAACAACUGUCGCUAUUUUCAGGAGAAAAUGUCGCGAGGACAAGAGGUUUUCUUCAAAGGUCAUCGCUUGGUGCGGAGAGCUUCUUCAUAUACCUUCUUCCUUCGACAGCACCUCGGCCAUAAAUCAGUGUUUAAAUGCAGGGUUUCAUCAUCUCGCUGUCAUCGACUCGCAGUCCGAAUAUGACCGCAUGAUUGCAUACUUCGUAGAAAUACAACACUGUCCAAACUUGACGAACGGAUCUUUGUUCACUGUCAGUUUGUCGAAUGGACAGGAAUUGGGUUCUAUGCGAGUACACCUGUCUACCGGGAUUACCAUACUAAUGGCGAAUUGCCGAGGUGUAGAUGAACCCAUUAGCACUGCGGCUGUCCCUGGAGCUAGCAGAGCCCGCCCACUCUUCCUGAUGCCGUGUCUGUGUUACCCGAACAAGACGUUUGCAGGUAUGACAGAAGAGGCAAUCAUCGCUCUGCUUAUCAUGCCCUCAUACGAUAUUCAGGACGCCGAUCUUCGGGUCGUGUCAGAGGGCUUUCAGGUGUCAUUUUCUCGUAUUACCUUGAAUGCAAGGGUUGUCAUAAGGCACUUCUCGUCUUGCCUGGUUCCGCCAAUGUUGGAUGAGAAUAGCAGUUUUUUCUCGGCCGCAGUGUUCAGAAAUUACAGAUCGACAAAGCAAGAGGCAUCGAAGAAGCUCCGAUUUGGCCGGCUCAACAGUGGUGUCCGGUUCUAA